AUGGGACCCCCAGAGUCCUGCAGUCAGAGACCCCAGAACCCAGCUCCACCCACUAGUGGGCAGGCACCAGCCCCAGGACCCUCUGGGCCCUGGUCCCACCCACCAGCAGGCCAACAUACCAACUCCAGGGCCCCCAGCAUCCUGCAGCCAGAGACCCUGGUACCCAGCUCUGCCCACCAGCAGGUAGGCACCAGCCCCAGUAUCCUCAGCCCUGACCACCAGAGGACUGGCACUAGCCUGGGAGCAGCCUCACACAUCAGUGGGCAGGCACCAGCCCCAGGACCCCCCUGGGCCCCUGCCAUACCACGAGUGGAUGGACACCAGCCUCAGGACCGCCACAGCCCUGCAGCCUGCCAUGGCAGGACCCAGCCCACCUUUCAGCAGGCCAGCACCAGCCCUGGGACCCCGUGGGCCCCAGCCCUGUCCACUAGCAGGCCAACACCAGCUCUGAGACACCUUGGGCCCCUUAGCCAGCCACCCUGGGAUUUGGUCCCACCCACCAGCAGGCCAAUACAAGGCUUGGGACACCCCAGAUCCUGA